UGUGUGUGUGUUCAGGCCGACUUCCCUUUAGACGCUGGCGAUUCGGCGGACCGAAGAUGAGCAAGAUCCAGAAGUUUUUCAAGGGCGGCGGGGGCUCUGGCUACUCCAAGGGGAAAGGGAAAGGCGGGCCCACGCCGCAGGAAGCUUUAGCGCGGUUGCGGGAGACGGAAGAAAUGCUGACCAAGAAGCAGGAAUACCUGGAAGCCAGGGUCGCCAAGGAACUGGCCCUGGCUAAGAAACACGGCACCCGAGACAAGCGAGCUGCACUGCAGGCACUGAAAAGAAAAAAGAGGUAUGAAAAACAGUUGAGCCAAAUUGAUGGGACUCUUUCCACUAUUGAAUUCCAGCGUGAGGCUCUUGAAAAUUCCCACACAAAUACAGAAGUGUUCAAGAAUAUGGGCUAUGCUGCUCAGGCCAUGAAAAAAGUACAUGAAAACAUGGAUUUGGACAAAAUUGAUGAAAUGAUGCAAGAUAUCACUGAGCAGCAAGAUAUUGCCCAAGAAAUCACAGAGGCUCUCACAAGAAGGGUUGGUGAUGACUUUGAUGAGGAUGAACUUUUGGAAGAAUUAGAAGAACUGGAGCAAGAGGAACUCAAUAAUAAGAUGAAAAAUGUUCAUUUACCAAGUGUCCCAGCUACCCAAUUGCCUUCUCAUCCUGCAUCUUCAAAGAAGAGGGUGGAAGAUGAUGACGAUAUGCAGCAACUGGCAGCAUGGGCAUCUUAACAGCAAUUUCUCACUGGGUUCAAGGGAAUACUACGGGAAUAUCAUGGAAGGACUUCAUUGAAUAGUGCUUAUAUUUUAUACAGAAUGUAGCUGUGUGGAAUUUUGACCCAAAUUGGUCACUGGUAGAAUAUGUGUAUAUAUUUUAUAUAGUCUUGUAUAUAUUCUUUUGUUUUUUUUAAAAAAGCCAGCAUUCUCAAGUAUAGUCUUUCUCCUUCAGUUAUAUCUCCAGACAUACCAUUUUUAUGCUAAAGAAACCAGAUAACAAGCAACACUGAAUUUUAAUUAAUGUUAUUCUUCUUAGCUGAUACUUUUUUAAUGCCCAGAACAUGUAUAGGUUGCAAAACCUAUUGCUGCAAUAGUGAAUGUUUCAGUGGUUUGAAAGAGAAUUAAAAUUGGCUUGGUUU